AGGAACAUCAAGAUGGCUUCACGGCGAGUUGUGUGGGGAAAGAGCUUGGUGGAGAAGUUGGCAAUGCUACCGCAGGGAGCCUUCCCAACGAAGCGCGAAGACGCCCGGCCCGGCAUGAGGCAUUGGACGAAGCCUCUCUUCUCCAAGAGGCAGCUCAAGGAGCUGAAGAAGGAUGCGGAAGCAGAGGGUCUGGCAUGGCCUUUGGCUGCGCAGGAGAAGCCAGCUCCGGGACCCUUGGAGAGCUUCUACGAGAAGACGAUCUUUAUGUCUAAAGGAAGCAAGAGGGAGCGAAUGUACGACGAGAGGAAGAAGAAGAUCCAAGAGAAGAUGGCUGAGAUGCCGAAACUAAUCCAGGAGCAUCGCGAAGCGCAGAGGCAGAAGCGAUCCAAGACUGUCCUGCAGAAGCUCAUGGAGAUUCCGAGGAGGUUCCGGAGGUAGAGGAGCAGGUGUUGUUGUUGUUGCUAGACAAGUGCAAAGGGAAUCGAAAUCUCAGGAGCUGCACGGGGGCUGGUCGGUUGCAGCUUGCAUUAAACGCACUCUUUCAUC